UAAGCGUUGUAACAUUUAUUUAUUUUUUGGGUUUAUUUUAUUCAAUAAAAAAAAAUUCUUAACAAAAAAAAGAAAAUAUAAAAAAAAAAUAGAAAAAAUAUUUUUUUUAAGUUUUUUUCAGUGAAAAUAUUUGGGUUAAAUUUCGUAAUUUAUUAAUUUACAAAAUGUUGGUUGUUAAAAAAUUUUUGUUAUAUUUGUCGAAAAUUUUGAAAAAUCACUAAAAAAAAGUCUUCCAAAAAAAAAAAAAAAACAGCAAAAAAUAGAUUAAGAAAAAAUUUUUUUUUUACACAAAAAUUUUUUUUUGGUGUUUCUUUUUAUUUUUUUUUCUCGUUUUUGUUUUAAUUUAAUGAACAAAUUUAUCUACUUAUACGAAUGAUUCUUAUAUACGUAUAUAUAACAAUAUUGUAUAGUCCUGUUAAAACUGUUAUAAUAUUAUAUACAUGAAUGCAACAACAAAAAGCGUAUAAUAAAUGAGUAAAAAAUAAAAAAAAAACAAAAAUCAAAACCUUUGAAGGAUAAAUUUGUAAAUUAUAUUGUGAUUUUAUAUUAUAUAUACAACUAUACAUACAAGUAUUUCAAAUUUACGAAAAAUAAAUAUAUCAUAUAUACACAUUCAUACAAGCAUACUUGUACUCGUAUAAAUAUAUGAGAAAAAUCGAUAGCAUAAAAUUUCAAUAUCACAUUAAGGCAUCCAAAGGAUAUAUGAGAGAAAAAUCUUCAAUUCUUUCCUUAUAAAGAAUACGAAAAUUUAUUUUAUAUAAGGACGGAAAAUAAUUUACUUUGGGGCUAAAUCUACUGGGCUAACUUGUUUAAUAGUUAAAAACUAAAUAAAGAAGAUUAAAUAUAGGUUAUAUACUGAGAAAAAAAAGUUCAAAAGUAAUAAAGAAUCGAUGUUUUUUUAUUUUUCUGUUUUUGUUUUUUGUGUUUAAGUGUAGAACAUUGUGUUCGUUUUGGUAACCUCCUUUAAAAUACACAAAAGUUAUAUAGAGGGACAAUAGAACAACGUUCUAUUUGAAAGUAUAUAUUUACAGUAAAAAAUUACAAGGAAAAUUACAUAGUCUAAAUAGUGAUUUAAUUAAAAAAAAAAUAAAUUAUGGCUUUCCUUAAUAAUUUAAAAUCAAUGCCAUUACCACCAAUGAAAAAUGUUUUAAAUGUAGCAUUACAAACGGCACGGCAACAAAUGCCAAAUAAAUCGAAACAAUCUGAAUAUGAACAACCAGCUGGUAGUGAACAUCCAUCAUCAGAGCAUAUAGAUGGUACAUCACCACCACCUAUACCGCCAAGACCAUCAUCAGGUACAGAAUCACAACAACAUGUACCAUAUCAAGAAGGUAGUGCUGCUGGUGGUGGUAAUGGUAAUGAAAUUCCAACAGAAACACAUGAAUUAAAUCCGUUUAGAAAUCCUGGCGCAUAUACAGAAGAAGGAAGUUAUAAUGAAAAUGGUGGCGUUGGUAAUACAUCAUUUAUUGAUUAUAAUGAAGGUUAUCAACAGGGAGGAGGUUACCCAAGAACUGGAAGUGUUGCUUCGGAGGGAAGUUCGUUUGCAUGUGAAGGUGAAGGAAGAUCUGAUGUAAAAAUUGAUGAACUACAAGCUGCAUGGAAUGUUACGAACGCAAUUCAAGGUAUGUUUAUUGUAUCAUUACCAUUUGCUGUAUUACGUGGCGGUUAUUGGGCAAUAAUUGCAAUGGUUGGUGUAGCCCAUAUAUGCUGUUAUACUGGUAAAAUAUUAGUUCAAUGUUUAUAUGAACCAGAUCAAACAACUGGUGAACCGGUACGUGUUCGUGACAGUUAUGUUGCAAUAGCAAGAGUAUGUUUUGGACCAAGAAUUGGUGGUCGUGUUGUUAUGUUCGCACAAAUAAUUGAAUUAUUAAUGACAUGCAUAUUAUAUGUUGUUGUAUGUGGUGAUUUAUUAGCUGGUACGUAUCCAGAAGGUGCAUUAGAUACCAGAUCAUGGAUGAUGUUAACUGGUAUAUUUUUAUUACCAUUAGGAUUUUUAAGAUCAUUAAAAAUGGUCUCAAUAUUAUCAUUUUGGUGUACAAUGUCACAUUUAGUUAUAAAUGCAAUCAUCUUAGGUUAUUGUCUAUUAGAAAUCGGUGAUUGGGGUUGGUCAAAAGUAAGAUGGUCAUUAGAUAUGGAAAAUUUUCCAAUAUCAUUGGGUGUUAUAGUAUUCUCAUAUACAUCACAAAUAUUUUUACCAACAUUAGAAGGUAAUAUGAUUGAUCGUUCAAAAUUUAAUUGGAUGUUAGAUUGGUCACAUAUUGCUGCUGCAAUAUUUAAAGCAUUAUUCGGUUAUAUAUGUUUUUUAACAUUUCAAAAUGAUACUCAACAAGUUAUUACAAAUAAUUUACAUUCACAAGGUUUUAAAGCAUUGGUAAAUUUUUUUCUUGUUAUUAAAGCAAUAUUAAGUUAUCCAUUACCAUAUUAUGCUGCAUGUGAAAUAUUAGAACGUUCAUUAUUUCGUGGUCCACCUAAAACAAAAUUUCCAACAAUUUGGCAUUUAGAUGGUGAAUUAAAAGUAUGGGGUUUGUCAUUUCGUGUUGGUGUUAUACUUGGUACAAUAAUGAUGGCAAUAUUUAUACCACAUUUUUCAAUAUUAAUGGGUUUUAUCGGUAGUUUUACUGGUACAAUGUUAAGUUUUAUAUGGCCAUGCUAUUUUCAUUUAAAAAUUAAAGGACAUCUUUUAGAUCAAAAACAGAUCGCGUAUGAUUAUUUUAUAAUAUUUUUGGGUUUCUUAUUUGGUAUUAUAGGUAUAUAUGAUUCAGGAAAUGCAUUAAUUAAAGCAUUUGAAAUUGGAUUACCAUUUUAAAAUAAAAAUUUAUUGGAAUUUAUAUCUUUCAUAUAUUUUUCUUCAAUAUUCCUUGAAUGUUUUUGAGUUUGGUUUAUUAAAACAUAUAAAAUAAGAAAAAAAAAUAUUUAAUUGCGAAUUUUAAUUUUUAUAUAUAAAUGUAGAUGAUUGUUUACUUUAUUGGGAAUAUUCAAUUGAAAUUAUACGAUAAAAAAUUUAAUAAAUUAAAAAUAAAAAGUUAAGUAUAAAAGAACAUUAAAUUAUUAAAUAUGCAUUAAAAAUUGAGGUAAUUAAAUGAAAAGCAAUUAUUGAUAUUGUAAAUGAAAAUUGUAUUCAAAUUUUUUCCAUAUUUUUGAAAAGUUUUAAGAAAAAUUUACAAUUUUUUUUUUGCAAUAAUUUAGAAAUUUUCUAAUAUUUUGUAAAAUUUUAAUUCAUUUACUUUUAUUUGAAAAUAGAAUGCUUUAGUAGAAUUAUUUUUUUCAACAUUUUAAUUAAUUUUUAAUGGCCAUAAUAGUUCUUAUAGGGAAUCGAAGGUUAGGGAUAAUUUUUGUAAUUUUAUUGCAAUAAUAAUCGAAAAUUAAUUUUAUUGCAAAUGUGUUAGGGCUUAUUCUGAGUAUCGAAUCACUAAGUGAAAGUAACAAUUAUCGCAAAAAAUUUCAUAUUUUUAUUGUAAACAUAAAUUACCCAUGUUUUUAAUAAAGUUUUUGAAUCUUUUACGAUAAAUAUCAUUAUCACUAAGUGAUUCGAUACUCAGAAUAAGCUCCACUGUUAUUUCUCUUUUAUUGGCUCUGUUUUAAAUUAUUUUUCUGUCAGAAUAAAGAUUGUAUUUCUUUGUGGUAAGUGUUGUAAAAUUGCUCACAAAAAUUUCAAUUGGUGACACAUUUAUAUAAUAAUAAUCGAUUUCCAUAUUACCGAUUCUAUCUUUUCGAUUUCCGUUGCACUGCAGACUUCUUUUAAUUUUCUGAAAUUCGAUAUCCAAAUUAAUAUACAUGUAUAUUGUUGUGAAUUUAGAUUUAUUUUAAACAAGAAUUUCGCACAAAGUUAGUAAUGUUGUUGGUUACUUUUUCAUAUAUUCAUAUACAAAUGUAGGUAUUUUAUGUAAAUAUUAUGUAAAUGUUGUUUAAACAAAAAAAAAAAUAUAAAUGUUACAAUUGCGAGAUUUGUAUGGAUUUAAAUAAAAAAAUUUUUACAAAUCUCCCAAAAUGAUUUUAUAACAUUGAGAUCAUAAAUUUAAUAAUUUUUAUUGUAGAACAAGUUUUGUCUUUGAAAAAAUUCCAUUUCAUAAAAUUAAACCAAAAAUAUUCAAAAAAAUGUUAAAUUUCAAAACGAAAAAAAAUUUAGUUUUUUUAAUGUUUUGAAAUGCAAAUUUUAUUUAUUUUCAUAUGCUUUUCAUAUUUUCAACAAUUCAUUUUCAUUAUUUAAAAUAAAUUUUAUGGUUCCAAUAAUUGGCUCUAAAUUUGAUUUUAUUUCAUAGUGCAUUAAAACUUCUAAAAACCAAUCAUAUUUUUAAAGACAAUCCAAAUUAAAAUUUUGUUCUGCGUGCAAAUUGUGCAAAAAAAAUCAAUUAAUUUUAGUAUAAAAAUCUCUUCACUAUUUCAUAGUGGAAAUGCUCAGUUUUUUUUGUUUGUUUUUCUAAUACGUAUUCUAUAAUAAAAAUUAUAUAUCAAAAUUCUAAUUGGAAAAGAAUAUAAAAAAAAAAUUUUAAAUUUUUCAAAUUAAAUUAAUUAAUUUUAUAUUUAAAUUUAUAUAUAGAUGUGAAAAAAGUUUAUGCAAUGCGACCCACCAAAAAAAAUAGUGAAAUUUAAAAAAAACUAUAUAAUUGGGAUAUUUUAAAAUCACCCCAUACAACACACAUACAACUAUAUAUAAUAAAAUUUAAUGCUUGUUAUUUGCUUUAUUCGUCAAUAUUUACAUAUAUGAAAAUUUUGAAUAAGCUACAAAAAUUGAAAGAAAAUUGAAAUGAUAAUCGAUUUAUUCUUAUAUUUAUUAUAUUUAUAUACAUAUAUGUAUAACAAAUAUUUAUUUUUAAAUCUGUAUAAUAAUAAAUUUGUAAACUAUAUAACUAUAUGUAAUAUAAAAGAUGUCUUCCAAAAAAUUGCAUAUUAAAUAUGUAUUUAUACAAUAUUGUACAAUAAAAAAAAAUAAAUAUAGUUACUUUAAAAAUAUUAUACAAAAUGUCAAAGAAUAAUUUAGUAUAAUGAAACAAAACUAAAAAGUCUUCCAAAAAUCAAAUGUCUUUCAUAAAAUAAUAAAAUUGAAUUUAAUGUCUUCCAAUAUUUAUACAAACUUUUAAAAUUAUGUUCAUAUAAAAUUAAGAAAAUAGAAAUAGCUAAUUUGUAAUUUUUUAUAUUGUUUAAGAUUAUUUUCAUUUUGAAAAAUUGCAUUUGUAUGAUAUUGUAUAUAUUUUUCUAAGUAGUUCAGUAAGUUUUUUUUUAACUGCAAUGAUAUGUGGUGUUUAUAAUGCCUUUGAAUUCUUGACGACAUUGCUAUUUUCUAUAUUCAGUUCUCUAAAUUGUGAGCGCAGUGAGAACAGUUAAAUAGAAAUAACGAUGAUGUAAGAAAUCAAAAGUGUAAACACCCUUUUAUAAUUUUACUUUAUGAUAAUAUUUUUGAAAAAUGAUAUUUAAAAGGAAUAGAGAUGGCAAUAUUUAUUUUCUGAAAACAAGUUUAAAGAUUAUUUUGUAUGCCAUAUGCGUCGAAUAAAAUAAAAUAUAAUUUAAAAUAAUUAAUAUAAUUUAAAUAAUAAAUUUGUGAUCUAAAAGUAUUAUUUUUUUGAAUCCUAGAAUUUAUAUGUACAUAUUUCGUUUUAAAAAAAUUUACAAUUGACGUUUUUACCGAAAAUAGUGAUUGGCUUUUAAAAUAAAAAAUAUUGUAUUAACUGCCAUCUAUUAUUGUAAAAGCACAUAUAUAUGAAUUACAUAUAAAUUCUUUAGCUGCCAUUUAAAUAUCAAUUCGCCUAUUUUUUUUUUUUUUCAAGUACGUUACAUAUACAUUAUUAUUUUUUUUUUAAAGAAAAUAUUUUAAAAAUUCGAAAAUAUUACAACUGAACAAAUGAAGAAGAAAAAAAUGAAAUAAUUUUAAACGAACUUUUAAGUAUAAUUGAUUUAUUUGAAAAAAAAAAAAUUGUUUAAGUUAAGUACAAAUUACAAAAAAUUAAUUAUAAAUAAUUAAAAGUUAUAUAUGUAUAUAUAUAAAAAAAAUAAAUCCAGUAAAAAAACAUAAGUCUUCCAUAAAUGAUCAAUUAUUAUUGAAAAAACAUUAUAUAUAUACAAAUAUAAUUAUUUAUUAAAGAAUUAUUAAAAGAAUAUUGCAUAAGAAAAAGAAAAACUAUUUGACAAAGAUAUGACACUAAAAUUGUAUUAUAGAUCAUAAGUUAUAUAAUCGUUUAAAAUUUCUUAGUUAAUUAAAUUAAAUUUUAAUAUAUAUACAUAUAAUUAUAUAAAUUAAAUUAAUUAAAUUAAUUAUGUAAACAUUAUUUAUGUUAAGAUUAAUUAAAAAACAAAAAACCAUUUUCCUAUCAUAUUAGACGAACUGUUGGCUUUUAUCUCAAAAUGUAGAGUGACUUUUUAAUAUCAUAAGAAUUUGAAAAGUUUUAGUAUUGACACAAACCAACCAAUAAAUUUAUUUGGUUCAUGUCAUAUAAAAUAAUAUGAAACAUUCUCGUUUUUCUGAAAUGAUGGUUAGUGAUGCGUGUAAUAUGAUAAAAAAUAGAAAAAAAAAAUAAAUAAAUUUUACAGAUGACAAUAAAACAUGUGAGGAAAAAAAAGCAAAAAUAAUAAAUUUUACAUACGCGGAAUACAAGAAAAUAACAAUUUAUCAGCAAAAAAUUAAUAAUUAUCGUAGUAAAAUAUAUUCUUAAGUAAUUUUAAACAUAGAACACAAAAAUUGAAAUUAUAUAAUGUCAUAUGUAUAUAUAUAAGUAUAUAUUAUACAAAGGAACAACACGUUAAUUAAUUAGAUAGUCAUCAACAUUUAAUUAUCAUUAUAUAAUUAUAUAAUUAAUAUUUAAUAUUUUAUGUAAUAAAAAUAUACUAAUAAAAUAAUAAAAAUUUUAUAUUUGUGAAUAUAUUGCAUAUUAAGUAUAAUUAAUGUGUAAGAAAAUUUUUCAUAUAACAAAUUAUUUUAAAAUAUUAUAUUAUUAUGAUUUUUACAAGUUGAUUUUAUAUUAUUACAAGUUUAAAAUUUAAAAUUAAUUUUCCAUACAAUUUAAACAUAUAUCUAAAAUAUUAACCGGUACUUAUAAUUUCUAAUUUAAAAAUCAUGAAAGUUAAAUUGAAAAAUCUUUCCAUACUCAACUAAAAUCAUAUACAUAUGUACAUACUUAUAUAAUUUUAUAGUUUACUUAUUAAUUAUUGACGUAAAUUUAGACUGUCAUACGAUAGAGUUCAGGAAUUUAGAUUAUUUUUCAAUUUUAUUAAUAUCCAAUAUUUAAAUAUCAAUAAUAAUUAAAUUAUUAUAAAAAUUCAUUUCAUAACUUUGGAAAGUUAGUUGUACGCUUUUGUGCGAUUUAUAAUAACCAUACAUAUAAUUGUCUUAUUAGCAUAAUUAUUUUAAAAUUUACAAGUAAUUGUUCCUUUUUAUAAGUACAUAAAUAGUAAGAUUAAUCAUAUGCUUUUAUUUAAAUUAAAGACAAUAAAUGCAAAAAUAUUGUAUUUUCCACAUUGAAAAAGAACAACUAUUUUGGUCAUUAAAUCUAUUGGAAAUUAUGUUAUAAAUUUAUUUCUGUGUUCUUUAAUUAAUAAUUUUAUUUUUAAGUUGAAUUCAAUUCCAAUUAUAUUUUCCGUUAAUAAGAAUAAAAAAAUGAAUUUUAUAUUAGAAUUAAUUGAAAAAAAAAUACAAUAUUAUUAUAAAUUUAAUAUAAUAUCCAUGGUCUUCCAAAAAUUGUUUAUAUGUAUAUUUAAAUUUUGAAAACUAAAAAAAAAAUUAAUUUCAAUAAAUUUUAAAUAAUUUUCAUAUGUAAAUGUGUAAAUUCAUAUAUAUCUAUAAUAUAUAGAAUAGAAUAUUCUCCAAUAAUGCCAAAAAAAAACAAAAAAAAAAUUUUCAAAAAAAUUAAAAUUUUUUUUUCUGAAAAUACUGUAAUAUACGAUUAUAAAUACAUACUACAAUAUUAAAUAUAAAUUAGAAUUAAAUAUAAAUAACAAAACAUAGGAUUAUAUUAUAUAAUAUUUUAUUAUAUAACAAAGAAAUGUAAUUGUAACAUAUUAAUUAUUAUUUCCUUUGUUUUGCUGUGAUUUCUUUUCUUAUUAUUUUAAUAUAACUAAUUAUUACCAACAAUAUAUGGAAAUUUUUAAAACAAUUUUUAAUAAGAAGCGGUCUUAUUUCAACAAAUUGAGAUUAUUUCAUCCUUUCAACUAUGGUCGGGCUCAUCAGUAGAUGUACAACACUAGGAAUCGUAUACAUACAAUUUGGUACAUUCGGAGUUCUAAAAUUUCAAAAAUUAUUUGAGUCACAGAAUUUGUAACCAUACUGUUCUUGAUUUUUUUUGCUAUUAAUUCCAGUUCAACGUGCUAUUUGGGGGAUGCUUGUGUUAAAAAACAUGAUUGCCAAAUUAUUUAUACCUUGUACAUGUUUAUUUAUUUAUACAUGUUUAUUUAUUUAUUUAUUUGUCGUAUACGUAAUACAAAUACUGCUUUUUUACAGUUACCUGAAUUUAAAUUAAAUAAAUUAAUAAAAAUAAAAACAUAUAAAAAAACAUAUAAAAAAACUUUAAUUACAAUAUAUUAGUUAUUUGUUUCAAUAAUAAAAGAGAGAGCAAAUCCAACAAAUUAAAAAAAAAAAACAAAAAAAAGCUAUAUCAGAGUAUGAAAUAUAUAUACAUAUACAUAUAAAAAAACAAUAGAUAUUAAAAUUAUAAAUAAUUAAAAUUAAAAAAUUAAAAAAAAAAUUCGUUACAUAUUGUAAAGUUCAUAUCAACUAUUAAUAUUAAAAAAAAAGAAAAACACAAAAUUUACUAAAAGAAUAAAACGAAAGUCUUCCAAUUAUAUACACACACAAAUAUAAAAUAUAAUAUAAAAAAUUAAAAAUAAAAAAAAAAAAUUAUAAUUGGUUAUGUGGAGAAAUGGUAUCGAAAAUAAAAUGAAAAUUUUGUUGAAUAUUUUUAAUUAUUUUAUUGUUACGUAAAAAAUUAUGCGUAAAUUAUCUGUUUAAAUACCGUUAUAUAGCGGCGCUGUACCCGUCGGCAAAUCGAGUGGGUUGUGUCUUCAAUUUUAAUAAAUUUUUUAACGUGUACAUUAAAAGUCGUGUACAGUUGUCAAAGCGAUUAUAAAUCCGUUAAAUUAUUGAUUUCAUUAAUAUAUGGACGUUUACCAAAAUGCAGAUUUAACGUCAACUUGACUUAUUUACAACAGUACAGUUUUAAUUGUUGAAUAAGUCAGGUUGACGUUAGAUUUGCAUUUUGCUAGACGUCCUAUGCAUAUAAUCUCCUUUUUAACAAUAUUUUUAUAAGUAUUUUGUAUAUUUUAUAUAUUUAAUAGCAUUUAUAUACAUAAUCUGUUAUGUAUAAAUUAAAAGGUUUCAAUUAUAAUUCAAUAAUUUUAUUUAUUUUAACGACACUAGCGCCAUAUGUAUGUGUUAAAAUAUUUCCGUUCAAAUUUUCAUCAACAUAUUAUAAAUUAAAAUGGUUACUUUUUAAUUUAAUUUUAAUCUCUUAUAUUGAUAUUAGUUCCCCAUCCACAUAUAUGUUUAAAUAUUAAAUUAAAAAUUUAUUAAAUAAAAAUAUCGGAAUUUUAAAUAUAUGAUAAAAAAAGGUCAACAAAAAAAAACAAACUAAAACUAAAAAGGAAAAAAAAAUAUAUAUUCUUAAAUUAUUAUUAUAUUUAAAAUAUUAAUAAAUAAAAAAAACAAAUUAUAUUUAAUUAUAUCAAAAAUUAUACAUACAUAUAUUUAAUUAAACAUAUAUAUAAUAUACACACAUGUACAUGUAAAAUUUAGAUAAAUGUCAAUGUAUUAAAAUCAAAAUAAAUAAAUAAAAUUAAAAAAAAUCCUAAAUUUAUCCCAAAAUCACAAAAAAAAAAUAA